UGAAUGUCAUUUACUUUCCAAACAACGGAACAAGAAGAAAAACAAAAAGCCCAAGUUUCUGAGCCCAGAGAGCAGUUCUCGUUGUUUCUUGUAUUCUCAACCCACACUCGACAAAAAGUAAAACAGAACCGCGGCGACGACCGAAUCAUCGGAACACAGUUCGACACCAAAUCGUCCUAGUAGUUUCCAGCAUCUCUUCUAUUCGUACAGUGAAACCGAACCUGUUGUGAGAUCAACAAUGCUACAAGACAACCCGAAUGACCUGAUUGAGAGAAAGGUUAUUGUUAUGAAUGAAUUGCAAAGCUUAAGAGAGAGAGUCGGUGAUGAAGGGGCUAAAGCUGUGGUGGACAAGUUGGUUUCGCUUAAGAAGUCAUUGAAGGAGCUCAAGAGGGAAGAAGGUGAAGUUGAAUCUGUAAGUUAUUCUGAACUGGAAUAUGGGGUUCGUGAAUUAGAGGAGCAAAUAGAAAAUGGGUGUAAUAGCCAAUCACUCUCUGAUAGAUUGAAUCGGCUGAUGAGUGAAUCAGAGGAGAAAAUUGAUUCAGCUAAAAAGGAAUUUGGAGCUAGGUUGAGAGCAGUUCUGGCAGUACAGCGCAAGAUUGAUGAUGUUCCAUGCCAAUCAGAACUCAUCCAGUACGAUCACCAACUGACAGAAUUGAAUGGUCAAAUUCAAGGAAAACUUGGACAGACUCGUAAAUACUAUGCCACAUACAAUGCACUUUUGGAGAUAAAAGAAAUGAUGUUAAAGGAAGCAUCUUUGCUGAAUUCAAUAAGUUCACAGUUUCAAGAUGCAAUCACUAGCACGGAUGGUCGCAUGAAACUCAUUAAUUCGAUGGAGGGAAUACUGAAGGGCAGUCAACAGAAGUUAAAAAAAGUAGAACAAGGGCUUCAAGAAGAGCAAAAAGUUGGUGAUGCUCUCAAAGAGAGGCAUGUUGCAGCAACUGCAGAGCAAAGACGCUGUUAUUCCCUCUUAAAAGCUUUUCAGGAGGAAUGUGGAAAGAAUGAACUACUCCGAAAAAGUUCCAUUUAGAACAUCUCUGGAGCAUGUGAAGUGGAGGUGUCUAAUCCGCCCUUGCCAUCAUUCAUCACUGUCAUCAGCAGACUGGUUACUCAUGAAACUGGUACGGCAACUAGAAAUUGUUGUUGAUCAGAAUUCAAGUCUUAGUGUCCAAAAUUUUCCCUGUUGAGUUCUCGCAUUCUGAUAUCAUUUAUGUAGAUCAGAAAUCAUUGUGUG